CAUUAUGAAGAAUUUAUUCAUUUGUUCAGAAAGGGUGAUCAGACAUUGGAACAGACUGCCCAGAGAGGUAAUGGAGUCACGUCCUUGGGGUGUUUAAGGAAAGAGCGGAUGUGGCCCUCCGUGCCACGGUGCAGCUGACACCGGUGUUCCGUCUCAGGCUGGGGACUCAAUGAUCUCAGAGAUCUUUUCCCACGCAAUUGAUCCUGUGAUUCUGGGAUAUCCAUGCUCUGGGCAAGGAAGGGCCUUGCUGCCCAUGCCCCAGGUACCUUCCUGGUCAUCCCGAUGCUCCAUGGUCACAGCUCCUACUGUUGCAAUUUGCUAUGGGAGGGGGGCCACUGCAGGUGCCCCAUGGAGUUGACUGCUGUAAUUCAUAAGUGCUGUUGAAAUAGUUUCCUAUGAAAAUUAGUUUUGUAGUGUUCUGAGUUUUCCUCCCUCAAGUACAAGACAUUUCCUGCCUCUUUCCCUCCCUGCCUGAAGUUGAAUAUACUCUUCUUCUGCUUGCAAACAUUGCUGCAAUUAAUAUAUUUGUGAGAAACAAGGGAGAUAAAUUGAGCACAAUUUUUGUACACUCUUACUUUCUCUUGAUUCCAUUUUGUUAUACACUUACUCCGUUUUAAGAAAUCUCAUACAAGUACAGAAAAAGUCAUGUGCCUUUAAAAAGACAGAGCAAAAAGUUGGCACUAAUGGUUGCACCUGUAGGGAAGAGAGAUAAGAGCAAAUCAAGAGCUAGAACCGAUAAAAAGCUGCUGUGAAGACUUGUCCAGCCUGGGAAAGGAAGUUCUAAGCUCCCUAGGCUAAAAGUGGAGGUUAGAAGUGAAAGGAAAAAUGGAGCCUUCAGGGUGUGAGCAGAAGAUUGCAAAGGUCUCUCUAGCUGAGCUUCUGAGGUGUUUUGAGCAUCCUUUAAGUGAGGAGCAAGCCUGGGCUAUCUGCUUUCAGUGUUGCAGAAAAAUAGAGCAGUUGGCCCACAGCCCACCACUCUGUUCUGUGUUCAUAAAGGAUUCUGAGAGCAUCUUUAUCCAUGCUGAUGGUACUGCUUCCUUCAACCUCUACAAGUCUGAUGUCGGCAGCAUUCAGCAGUCAGAGGACAAGCUGUUGGAGUACUUGGGAGGGGUGAUCUAUGAAGGCCUAGACUGGGGAAUCAACAGCCAAGUGGAGCGAGAACUGAGUGAUCCUUUGGAGAAACUGCUGCGGCUCAUGUUGAAACUGGAUGACAAGGCAACAAAACCACCAGUCACCAUGCAGGAUGUUAUCAAGGCCUGUGAGGAGCACUUGUCCAGGCCUUCUGAGGCUACCAGCCAUUAUGAAAUGACCUGUAAGAAUCUGUUUGCUGAAUAUAUGGAACUACAGAAGCUUAUGACCAUCAUCCAGACCUCCAAAGAAAGACUGAGAAAAAUGGAUGUGGAAGAUUGCGUAGAAAAUCCCAUUAAAAAGAAGAAAAUCCAUGGUCCAGCAUCAGCCCUUGCUGUGUGGCCCAGUGUCAUAUGUGAGCUGCAGGCUGGUGUGAGGCUGCACAAGGCUGCCGAGCGACCAUGGCGUGUGUCUUCAAAGGAACGUAUUCGCUCUCCCUAUGAGCUGCUUUUGGAUGACGUUCAGCACAAGAGGUACACCCUGCGUAAGGUGACCAUCAAGCAAAAGCACAGGGCCCUCAGAGCUGAUGUAGCUACUCUCAAGCCUCAUCUAGAGCCGGAAAACACUCCCAAGCUGCCUGCCAGCACCUGCCUUUCCUCCACCAGGCCAUCAGGAGUGUCCUGCAUCAGCACAGGUCUUGCUGCAAAUUGCACAUUUCCUCCCAUGAGUGCACCCACACCAGGAGACAUUAAGCCUAAGUGUUUCUUGAGCACUGGCCAACAGCAGCUACCUCCUUACAGAGGAAGGUCCAAAUCUUUAGAGAGAGGCCUUCAAAGCAAGGAGCUUGACUGUCCCUUUCCUAUCAAGUGCCCAUCACCAACCAUUGCUGAGCUGAUUGGAACCAGAUAUGCAAUGAUGGUGCUCAAAGGGCAAGGCCUAUUCCAAGGAGGUAGUGAUGGCGACUUUCCAAGAGCAAAGAUCUGUUUCAGCUGCCAUAAGCAGAUGUUUCUUAAGUGGCCUUACAGAUGUUACCUCUGCAGCAGGGUUGUCUGCUGUGACUGCUGCAUUAAGGCAAGUCUAGUCUUUACAACAGCAUAUGGGAUUUUUACAUUUUCCGCUUUCCCUCCUCCUCACCUGAUGUCCAUGCCCUUCAGAACAUGUGUACAUCUCCCACUUCAAUUCCUAAAAUUUUUGAGACUGUCUGGAGGGGAGGAUCCAGCUACUCAGGAACAGAAGAGCUGCAAGUUGCUACGUGAAAUGGAGCAGCAGCAGUAUUUUGGUGUACCCAUUGUUUUGGAGCCCCGUGGCCUAGCACAGCCCCUGUGCUGUUACACAGGGACCAUGGCAAACUGGCUGACUGCAGACAUUUGUACAUGGUGUGAGCAAUACCUCUUGAACGUGACUUCCAGUCAACAGCACAGCAUCCCUCUCAGGAGAUUUUCCUGGGCUUGAACCAAACUGGAAUGAUUCUACCAUUCAUUUAUCCUGUCACUUCUUAUGUACCUGAAAUAAAUUAAACUGAUUUAUGUACGUACUGACAUAAAGGCCUGAAUGAAAGACCUCCCUGCUGGUUUGUCUAAGCAGGAAGCACAGUUAGCAUUUCUGUAUUGUGAAGUAUUCUAAAGCUUUGUGGGUUUUGGAAAUGUAAUUCUUUCUGUGU